UAUGAAUUUGGACAAUAUCAAGUAAAAUCAACACAAGUAUUUAUUAAAACUGGUUUAAGUUAUGGUUUUGUAAAUAUUAAACCUGUACUUCCAGGACAUCUCUUGGUAGCACCAAUAAGAAAAGUAGAAAAAAUUAGUAAAAUGACUGCUGAAGAAACAUCUGAUUUAUUUAAUACUACUAGAAGGAUAUCAGAGGUGUGUCAAAAACAUUUUAAAGGUACAGCUUUAACUAUAGCUAUACAAGAUGGAGUGGAUGCUGGUCAAAGUGUGGAGCAUGUUCAUGUUCAUAUUCUACCAAGAAAACCUGGUGAUUUUGAAAAGAAUGAUUCUAUUUAUGAUGAGUUGCAGAAACAUGAUAAAGAUAUGAGUAAAUCAUUGAGAACUAAGGAAGAAAUGUCAAAAGAAGCUUCAGAACUGAGACCAUAUUUUAUUUAA